AUGAAUUUUUUUCUCUUUGUCCUCAAAUUCCCAUGCUUAUUUCUUCUAACUACCAUCACUUCUUCUUUGUUCAUCAAAGCAUCUCAAAUAAAUGCUGAAACCUAUGAAUCUGAUAGAAUAACUGAUUUACCAGAACAACCUUCAACACCAUCAAUCUCACACUUUUCAGGUUACAUCACUGUCAAUGAAGAUCAUGGAAGGGCCCUUUUCUAUUGGUUCUUUGAAGCUCAAUCUCAACCCUCUAAUAAGCCUCUUCUUCUUUGGCUCAAUGGAGGACCUGGAUGCUCCUCGAUUGGAUAUGGUGCUGCUGUUGAGAUAGGACCUCUUUUAGUCGACAAAAAUGGCGAAAGACUAUUAUUCAACCCAUACUCUUGGAAUCAAGAAGCAAAUUUGUUAUUUGUGGAAUCUCCAGUUGGGGUUGGAUUUUCUUACACAAACACUACUUCUGAUCUCACCAUUUUAGAGGAUCAUUUUGUUGCUGAAGAUACCUACAAUUUCUUGGUGAAUUGGCUACAAAAAUUUCCACAAUAUAACUCCAGGGACUUUUUCAUCGCCGGAGAAAGCUACGCAGGCCACUAUAUUCCUCAGCUUGCAGAGUUAAUCUUUGACAGAAACAAAGAUAGAAACAGAUACUCCUUUAUUAAUCUUAAAGGUUUUAUUGUAAGUAAAUUCUCCUUACCCAAAAAAGAAGGGAAAAUUAUGGACAUUAUAAAUUUCAGAUUCGUCUUUGAGAACGUGCAGGACAGAUUAGACUACGGGAAUCCAGAAACUGAAAAUUACUAUGACUCAAAAGGCCUUCUACAAUUUGCAUGGAGUCAUGCAGUUAUAUCAGAUGAGCAAUAUGAGAAAGCAAAACAAGUUUGUGAUUUCAAACAAUCUAUUUGGUCUAAUGAAUGCAAUCAGGCCAUGAAUGAACUCUAUAAUGAUUACUCAGAAAUUGACAUAUACAACGUUUACGCACCAGCAUGUCGAUUAAAUACCACAUCCUCAGUGACAAGUCAUGAUUAUAGGUUCAAGAAAAUGAGAAUUUUUGGAGGCUAUGAUCCUUGUUAUUCCUCAUAUGCAGAAGAAUAUUUCAAUAGGGUAGAUGUUCAAUCAUCUUUACAUACAAAUACUAAAACAGAAAACAACAGUAACACAUCAUGGAAGGUUUGCAAUGCUUCCAUAUUAAGGACAUACAACUUCUCUGUUUUUUCUGUCCUACCAAUCUACACAAAACUCAUUAAGGGUGGUGACCUUAAGAUAUGGAUUUACAGUGGUGAUGCAGAUGGUAGAAUACCUGUGAUGGGAACACGUUAUUGUAUUGAAGCUCUUGAAUUACCUCUAAAGUCUACUUGGAAACCUUGGUACCAUAAUGAUCAGGUUGGAGGAAGGAUUGUGGAGUAUGAAGGAUUGACAUACGUGACAAUAAGAGGAGCUGGACAUUUAGUGCCUCUAAACAAACCAACUGAGGCUCUAUCCCUUAUUCAUUCUUUUCUAACGGGAGAACAUCUCCCUACUACACGUUAA